AUGGAUCGUGGUUUGUAUAAUCUUGCCGUUUUUCUCGAUUUAAAAAAAGCAUUUGACACGGUAAACCACGACAUUUUACUGGCUAAACUAGAGUUAUAUGGUAUUAAGAACACGCCUCUUAUGCUUCUCAAAUCGUUCUUAUCAGAUCGAUCUCAGAAAUGUCAAGUAAAUGGGGAACUUUCCACACUAAAAUAUUUAAAAUAUGGCGUUCCUCAGGGUUCAAUUUUGGGUCCACUUCUGUUUUUAAUUUAUAUCAAUGAUUUGCCGAAUUGUUUACAACACUCUACAGCACGCAUGUUCGCCGACGAUACUAACAUUACAGUGUCCGGUAAAUCAAUUAAGGAAGCUGAGGUGGCCGUUAAUGUCGAUCUCAAUAAUAUUAGAGAAUGGCUUCUAUCGAACAGGCUCUCUCUUAACCUUGUCAAAACGGAAUAUCUUUUGAUUGGAUCACGCCACAAUAUUAACACGUUAGAAGAACAACCGCGUGUUUUUAUUGGAGAUGAACCAAUUAAAGGGGUUCAAGUUACAAAAACUCUUGGAGUCAAAAUUGGUCAAUUUUUAACUUGGGACAGUCAUAUUGACCAAAUUUCUAAAAAAAUAUCUUCUGGAAUAAGUGCCAUGAAAAAGAUAAAGGAUUUCACUAAUUCUGAUACUUUGAAGUCGGUCUAUUAUGGUCUUGUCCAACCCCAUUUCGACUACUGUUGUGAAGUUUGGAAUUCCAUUAAUAGAGGCCAGUCUGAACGACUACAAAAACUUCACAACAGAUGUGCUAGAAUGAUAAUGAACUUUAAAGAUGAGCCUGGGCAAUCUCAACUGGCCCUCGAUCAAUUAGGGUGGAUAAGCUUGGAAGAAAGGCGAAAACAUAAUAUGGCCCGUCUCAUGUUUAAGGUUGUCAAUAAUUUGGCACCAUCGAGGUUCUCAUCAAUGUUCCAGAAUUCUAACCAUAUCCACAGCUAUAAUUUACGAGGUUCAAAUUCGUCUCUCUUUCUGCCACGACCAAAUACCGAGUAUGGCAGAAAAUGUUUUCGAUAUAAUGGGGUUAAAAUCUGAAAUAGCAUUCCUGAACAAGUAAGAAACAGCGAAUCUUUAAAUUCUUUCAAUAGAAAUAUUUCCUCUGUUAGUCUGACGAAUUAGCUAUUUGAGUUUUGUAUACCAUUUGUUUUGUAAUAUGUAUUUGUAUUCGUAGUUCUUAAUAUUCUUAGUGAUUUUGUAUUUUAUAUAUUUUUGUAACAUUUAUCUACGCCCCACUUGGAAAGCAGCUAUGGUUAAAGUGGCCAGCGUAGUCAAAUAAAGUUUUAUCCUAUCCUAUCCUAUCCAUACAGACCGGACGCGAUUCGGCAACGCGACGCGAAUUUUCAAUUUUCAAUGACCUUUUACUUUACUAUUUUUCUAUGUUUUUCAAAUAUUCGGAACCACUUAAGCAAUUUUAGUUAUUUGGUCUGCAUAUCUUGUAAGAUUUUUAUCCGUUGACGGUUUUAUUUGUUUUUAAAAACUGAAAAUUCGCGUCGCGUUGGCGAAUCGCGUUCGGUCUGUGUGGACCUUAAGGCGUCAGCAUGUUGAUGACCAAUCAUUGCGAAUCAUGGCGUGGCAGCGGUUACUGACCUUGUGUGAAGCAAGUUCUACAGCAAACGUCUUCGUUAGAUUAUCUAACGCAGCUUUUGAACAACCUAAAAGAGUAGAAAACAUACAAUCUGUGGGUGAUCGCAAUAAGUCAAGCAUCAUGGAGAGCGCUGUUAGUCAAGCUCUUAAAAAGAUUGAAAUCUUUGUUGAGGGCUUUCUUUCGUCCCCAAAUAGUGAUUCGUAUAGACUGGUGGAGUAUUUAGUCGCUGACGAGGGAAGAUUAAAGUGGUUGGGCUCUCUGGAGGACUUAAAAUUGUUUAUAGAGUCUUCGCUUCGCAUCGACGGUAGAUGGUCAUCACCGGGUGGCAACGCCAAAAAAAUAUACGCUCAAAUCAGUCGAACCUGAUCAGCAGUUUGGCUUCGUUUGGUAUUGCAGAAAGCAGAAUACGAUAGUGUUUCAGGGCGAUCCUGAGAGCGUUGAAUCAGCGAAAUCAAAACUUAUAUCGAUUGCAAACAAACAUGUAAACAAAGAGACUACAUCGAUCGCGGUGAGUGAACAGUUAUUUGAUGAGGUGGACCUGUAUGUGCGUGGAUUAGAGCCGUGUUGUGAAGAAUUUCUAAGAGUUGAUUGUGAUGGUCCUGAUCGGCGGGAGCAAGACCUGAACGUAACUUUAGUGGUUAAUGAAGAGGGCCAGACUGAAUAUACUUCGAGUUUAAUAAAUGGAUCAUCGACUGUAGUCAAGGUGAAAUUAUUGCAGAAAUAG